AUGGAAGCCUUUCUUCCAACUUGUAAAGUUACGGAAACUAGGACUUAGUGAUAACGAAAUCCAGCGACUGCCUCCAGAAAUAGCAAAUUUCAUGCAGCUGGUGGAACUUGAUUUAUCUCGAAAUGAUAUUCCUGAAAUACCAGAAAGCAUCUCAUUCUGCAAAGCACUACAGGUAGCAGAUUUCAGUGGGAAUCCACUGACUAGGUUGCCUGAGAGCUUUCCUGAACUACAGAAUCUAACGUGUCUUUCAGUAAAUGACAUCUCUCUGCAAGCACUACCUGAAAACAUUGGGAACCUUUAUAACCUGGCUUCGCUGGAACUUAGAGAAAAUUUGCUGACAUAUUUACCCGAAUCACUUGCCCAGCUACAGCGACUAGAAGAACUUGAUUUAGGAAACAAUGAACUUUAUCACUUGCCAGAAACAAUUGGUGCACUUUUCAAUCUGAAAGACCUCUGGUUGGAUGGAAACCAAUUAGCCGAAAUACCUCAGGAAGUCGGAAACCUGAAAAACCUGCUUUGUCUGGAUGUUUCUGAAAAUAAAUUGGAAUGCCUUCCUGAAGAAAUUAAUGGUCUGGCUUCUUUAACAGACUUGCUCGUUUCUCAGAAUUUACUCCAAGUCUUACCUGAUGGCAUUGGAAAACUGAAGAGGCUGUCCAUCUUGAAGGUUGAUCAGAACAGACUUAUUCAGCUAACAGAUGCAAUUGGAGACUGYGAAAGCCUUACUGAAUUAGUUCUAACUGAAAACCAGCUGCUGACAUUGCCGAGGAGCAUUGGCAAACUAAAGAAGCUGAACAACUUAAAUGUCGAUAGAAACAAAUUAACUUCUUUGCCCAAAGAGAUUGGGGGCUGCUGCAGUCUCAACGUCUUCUCUGUGCGUGACAACAGAUUAUCGCGAAUCCCCCCUGAAAUUUCACAAGCCACUGAACUUCAUGUUCUGGAUGUUGCUGGAAACAGGCUGAUGUAUCUUCCCCUUUCACUGACUACCUUAAAGCUGAAGGCUCUGUGGUUGUCUGAUAACCAGUCCCAACCGUUGCUGACGUUUCAGACUGAUACAGACCCUGAAACAGGGGAAAAAAUUUUAACGUGUGUAUUACUGCCUCAAAUGCCUUCUGAGCCUGGUUGCCAAGAUAACCUGCCACGAUGUGGUGCAUUGGAGAGCUUGGUAAAUGAAGUGUCAGAUGAGACGUGGAAUGAGCGGGCGGUGAACAGAGUCAGUGCAAUUCGCUUCUUAGAAGACGAAAAAGAUGAAGAGGAUAAUGAAAUGGACUCUGUUAAGUGGCUUCCCAAGUCUCCCAGACUGUACGGUGGCCACACAUGGGGCUCACAGGGCUCUCGCUGGGCCUCGUUAAAAGGGAAGGAAGGUUUCCAUGGUGGCCACCUCUGCAAGCUCAGCUCCGCUAAYGGAAAGUGGAGGGAAGGAAGGAUCAGCCCUGAGCAAGAGGCAGAAGAGCUCGAGGAUCCCGAUGAGGACGAGCCUAUUUCCAAGUUUUCUGGCAGUCUUUUUGAUACUGAUGAGAACAUAAGGGAUCAAAGAAAUAUUAGAGCAGCCCUUCAAGAAAAGCACAAAGCAGCGAUGAAAGGGAAAACUUUCCCAAGGAUGAACAGUAGGAUGCAGCCACCUGUCUCCGCGGCGGCAGAGACCGAUAGGUUUCCCGAGGACACGAGAGCUGCAGAUGUGGCGCAGCCCCCGCUGAAGGGGAUCUUGAUUGCACGGCUACCGAGGGAUGGCCCAGCAGACUUGGCUGGAGUACAGGCAGGAGACAGAGUUGUGGAGAUCUCUGUUUAA